ACACAGUGCGUCCAUAGAGGAACGAACACUCUGUCACUGUGUUCCUCAGUGUGCCGAGCCCAUUCACCACACAUGUGCAUUAUUGGAUGCGUGUGGUUUACAUGCAGGCGAGCUCCGAUCAGCAUAAUCACUGGAGGUACGGGGAUGAAUCCUCCCAUUAGUCUCUGGAGAAUUCAAGAGUUACACAUUGGACCUCCGCGUGCGGUGCGGCCCCACCAGGAUGACGAUCAAGAUGUUUAUUAGCACUUGAAGUCUUGAGCAUAUGUGUUGGUUACAUCUUACGACGGGGUGCUAGCUGCGCUACCGCACAUACUCCAUACCAGUCUUACCUGCCUCAUUGACACCUGCUUGCGAUUUCUGAAUGGACAAGCGUAUCGUGCCCGGCGUUCACUGCCAAAGGGGCGGGUUAAUCACGUUAACCGAGCGUCAGCGGACACAAAUGGAGCUUUGAAGCCCGGCGACUGGUUUAUAGCAGUUGUAAAAAAUUUUCACAUUUUUAUUUCUUGGCUGCAUGCCUCACCAACCUUCGGCCCUUACCAUGAGCUUUCGCAGGAAGAAGCGGAAUAAGCAGCUGAGGAAGACGAGAUGUUACAGCGAGAUCAACUACGAUUCCUUUGUGAACAGUCAAGAAUGGACGCUAAGCAGAACAGUGCCAGAACUCAAAUUGGGUGUCGUGGGCAGCCUAACCAGUGGGAAAUCGGCGCUGGUCCACAGAUACCUGACGGGAUCCUACAUGCAGGAAGAAUCCCCAGAAGGAGGCCGUUUCAAGAAGGAGAUUGUCGUGGAUGACCGGAGUUACCUCCUCCUCAUCCGGGAUGAAGGCGGCCCUCCCGAGCUCCAGUUCUGCUCCUGGGUGGAUGCCGUCAUUCUGGUCUUCAGCGUGGAAGACGAAAUGAGCUUCCAGCUCCUGUACAACUUCUACGCCAAGAUUGCCCACUACAGAAACACGGCAGAUCUGCCCAUGAUACUGGUCGGCACGCAAGACACGGUCAGUCAGAACACGCCAAGGGUCAUCGAUGAUUCAAGAGCAAGAAAGUUAGCAGCUGACCUUAAGAGAUGUCCUUACUACGAAACAUGUGCAAUGUAUGGUCUCAACGUAGACAGAGUCUUCCAAGAUGCUGCUCAGAUUAUCCAAGAGCGCAAGCACCAACAGUUCCUGUCCCUGGGCCCUCUCUCCACCUCCAGUUCCUCCCUCCCAAGCACCCCCCACUCCGUCCGAAGCAACAACUUUGGCAUUCCGGGCCCCUACCCCCAGGGCACCGCCAACGCCACGGCCCCUAGUACUAACCACUCCAACAGUGGGGCACCCCCUACCCCCACUGCGGGACGCAGAAACAUGAGUGGGGGCAGCAGGGAGGGGAGUCGGGACUCGUCCCAGCCGAGCCCCAGCAGUACGCCCAACUUCACCCGCAAAUCCCGACGGAAGUCCAACUUGUUUACGCAACCAGGAAAAGGCAAGCAGGCGGAAACCAAAAAUGGAGCUGAGCCCGUCCCCCGCCCCUCGCAUGGUAUCGGUAGUGGCAGGAGUAUCCCAAUAAUGCAGGGCCUUCUGUACAAGAGAAGUAGCAAAUCCCUGAACAAAGAGUGGAAGAAGAAAUACGUGACGCUAUGCGACGACGGGAAGCUAACGUAUCACCCAAGUCUGCACGACUACAUGAACAACACACACGGCAAGGAGAUCGUGCUAAUGAACACCACCGUCAAAGUACCGGGCAGGAAGCCGCAGAUUGUGCGCAGCAACCCCGGCGGGUCGCCCAGCAAGAGCGCCCCCGGGAGUAACGGAAUCGCCAACAACAUGCGCGCAAUGACGAUAACAGGGGGAAGCACGCAUGCCAAUCAGGCAGCGUUUGCAAAAGACGGCGGCGUCAACUUCCACUCGUUCAAGGAGCGCCAGGAGAUCAACGCUAAGUCCACUUCCCUGCCGCGGGACGCCAUGCUGGACUCCGUGGUCAUAUCUAACUCCUCCGUUACUCCAGGUAUUUCCAACGGCAUGGAUGCGCCUAUGGCCUUCCCUCAAAUGGGUAACCUGGUAGGCGGCAAGGAGUCAUCAAAGAAGAAGCAUCGACGAAUGAGAAGCUCUGGAGGAGGCAAGAAUCUAGACACGUCCAAUCAGCAGGAAGAUACCGAUGAGUAUGAGUUUGUGAUUGUCUCACUGGACAACAGGCAAUGGCAUUUUGAAGUCUCGUCAGCUGAGGAACGUGACGUAUGGGUGACCGCGAUCGAGCAACAAAUUCUUGCCUGUCUGCAAGCCAACGUGAGUGCCAAGGGGCUGAUGACCAACGUGGAACGGUCGGCCGCGGUGGAAGCCAUCCGGAAAGUCCGGGGAAACAACCAGUGUGUGGACUGUGGAGUACCGAACCCUGAUUGGUCCAGUUUAAACCUCGGAGCGAUAAUCUGCAUCGAGUGUUCCGGAAUCCACAGAAAUCUAGGUUCCCACGUAUCCAGAGUGAGGUCUUUACAACUGGACGAGUGGCCACCCGAGCUGACCGCAGUCAUGCUGUCCAUCGGCAACGCAACCGCCAACAGUGUGUGGGAAGGAUCGCUAAGGAACCGGACCAGGCCGGCCGCGACCGCCUGCCGGGAGGAGAAGGAGAAAUGGAUACGGGCCAAGUACGAGAAGAAAGAAUUUGCAGCUCCGCCGCCGUUUACUGACAGACCGCUUGGAGUGCAACUGAUGGAAGCGGUGAUCAAGGAGGACGUACGGUCGGUCAUACUGGUACUCAUCCAUGCCAGCCAAGAUGACGUCAAUUAUCAUUACGGGGAAGGUGACGGCCGGUCAGCGCUACACCUCAGCUGUGCCAUGGGCAACGUGGUCAUCGCUCAGCUACUAGUCUGGUACAACGCGGACGUCAAAGCCGUGGAUGCCGACGGCAGGACGGCCCUCGCGUACGCCCGCAGCGUCGGAGCCGACGAAUGCAUUAAAGUCAUGCUUGCCAACGGUUGCCCGGACGACGGGGGCGGGGACAUGAACAUCAACAACAGCGCCCUGCGGAGGUCACACGGGAGAGGCACUCCCAACAAGUUAGCGUCCAGCGUCAUCUGAUAUCGACGAAGACGUCUGCAUGUGUUUAUGUGUGUGUGUGUUUAUCAUGAAUUGCUUUUCAAAGCUCAGGGUGAUUUCCUUUCGGUAUUUUGCCACCACGAGUGAACGUUUCUCACGCAGUUGGCACUUCUGAAGAACAGAUAUCCUCGACCCCGUUGUUAUUUUUUGGGGGCUGGAAAUCUAACUUGUAGAACAAAGGUCACCAAGUUGCGGGCUGUAUGCCAUUAAUGCCCAUUUGUGGUGAAUAUGCAAACAAGGGGCACUUUGGAAAACUGGAAGGUGUUUCAUGUUGUGCUUGCUAAUGUUUUGGGUGCACUCCAUGCGAACAGUCGCAUACGUACGAGUCUACUCACGAAGUGGGACUGUGACGCCCUUUAGCGCCCUCGCCUGUCGUACUCGUGUGUGCAAUUGCUACCAAAUUUUACGUCACGCAAAAUACGCAGCAAAAGUUUGCGUAUUCGAAAUAUCAACCUUUGCAAAUUCGCAACAUGAAAAUUUGCUAUGCUUCAUUCACAACCUCUGACAAGUGAUAGAAGUCGAGAUCUUUUAAACCCACCAUCUUGUCUAAUUGGUCAGCAUUUUCGUUCUUAAAUCUACAACUCAUCUGUCUUUGUUUGUCUGUUAACUUUCGAAAAGGUUUCUUGGCGGGACAUUUUCUUCCUGACGUAAAAACCACGGUCAAUUGCCAAUAAAAUACAUCGUCGAGUUUAUAGAGCAAUGCUACAAAAUUGUGUCAAACUUUGUUUUUGUAUUUGUUUUUAUUUAUCUUGUUUCUCACGAUUUUAUUUAUUCUGUGGAGUCGUAUCUUAAAUAAUGCCAUUAUACUCUCGGUGUCAAAGUUGAGGAAACGCGACGGAAAUACUUAUGCAUCGAAUAAAAAGAUCUGAACUCGUUUCACCAUAUUAUGCCUCUAACCUCAUCUCGAUCACACAAGUUUUGUAAAUGUAUUAAGAAAGUACUCACAGUUACAACAACAAAAAAAAUCAGGUUUUCUAGGAUAGAAAACGGGUCAUUUGACAGCACUUCAGAAUUUAGUUGAUCUAAAUUAACAUUUUUAGCAUAUUUUGUAGGUUUUCCUUCUUCAGAAAUUGAUUAAAUGUUGAUAUUUUUCUGGCCGAAAAGCAAGUGAAUUUUUUUUAUCACGGGAUCCCACAAAUUGGAAAAAAUGAAUAAUAAUGUAUUUCAGCUCUAACUUGAAGUGAUUAAUAGCAUACAUGUAAUUUUCCCCAACCAAACCCUUUUCAGUCAAUCCCCAUUUCUUUGAUGAUAGUCCAAUUCCCUUCAUGACUGUAACCAAACCAUGUCCUACCUUUCGCUUCAGUAAAAUACCAUUCAUAUUACCGUCAUAAAACAUUGUGAAUUGGAAACAUGUUCAAGUUUUUUCCAAAUGUUUUUUUUAUCGUCAUAAAACUGUGUGAAUUGGGAACUUGUCUGAGUUUUGCCCAAAUCGUGUUUCUGUUUUAGAUAUCUCUGACUAAAAAAAGUAUUAUUUGUUAAAAAAAAUAAUAAAAAUGGCAAAGAUGGUUUCAGAAGAUUGCGAGAACAAUGCUUAAAAGCGAUUCGACAACAUUAAGGUACUUGGAGCUAUGAGCUCUAAAUUUAAAAUGUGAAAGUAAAUAUGUUAUAUAUGAAACAAAAAUGUAUUAUAAUAUUGACUGUACAGAGAAUGCUAUCUAUGUGGUAUAUAUACUUCGAACUAAUGAUAACGUGAUAAACUGUACAAAUACAAAUGUCGCAUGAUAAUUAUCAAGUAUUAAAGUAAUGUGACUGUUACAUGAUUUUUUUUUUCUUCUGAUGUGACUGUGAUCACAUGAUUGUGUAGUGUCUCAUGUGACUGUGUCAUGUGACUGGAAUCACAUGACUCCAAUUGAAGAUGGUGCUGUAGUGUAAAAGCCAUCUCGUGCAAUGGUCUGUAGACCAAACUAAACGGCAGUGAUUUUUGUACAGAUCAGUAGAUUUUGAGUCCACUGCCAGACUUAAAUCGACCGAAAGGUAUUUUUUAACAUUGUUAACCACUGUUUGCAGUAGUAAUUACAAAAGUAUUUAUUUUUUUGAAAUCUUUUUUGUUGUUGGACAAAGUGGAUUAUCCACAUGGGCAAUGCAACUGUAUACAUGUAAUCAUACAAUUCACAGUGUACAAUUUACAAAAAAAAUAUCAUUUAAAAUCUUGUCUUGAUAUUCAUUUCAAUUGGGUUUUUUUUUCAUGAAAUUCAACGAGCAAAAUACAAGUGUGUGUUUGGAUUGGGCACUUUAAAGAAUUUCAAGUGAGCGAUCGGUCGCGUUUAAAAAAAAAUACAGUACGUCUACGUGGUGGUGUGGAUUUUUAAAAAAAAAAAAUUUCAGCGUGUCGAAUGUAAAACCAGUGGUGACCUUGCACACUUAAUAAUUAUGCCUCAAAUUUACUUCACAAAUCCUUGUGAAACCCUUUUUUUU